ACUUUCUUGAAAAGAGAAGGAUAUUCAAGGUUGAGAGUGGUCUGGAACUGGUUCCCCCUUCGAAAGCCCGCGGUUCAGCGUGUACACGCAUCUUCAAUGGCGCACAGAAACAGUGCCCCUAGCCCCGUAUCUCCGGUACAGGAGACCCCUUAUUCGCUCCCUAGAUUCCCACCUCUGAAUAGCAAUGCCCUUAGUAGGCGAUCCAGCUCUACAGCCGGCCCAGGAGGUGCACAUGCGGCACCAGUGCAUGGAUCCGACACAUCCCCACCCGGUUCUACCCAGAACUUACCUUCCGACACCUCUCCGGCAGAUUGGAUUCCAUUUACCUUGCGCUGGUACUUCCUCUUACUCCCGAUCGCCGCGAGUAUCAGCUUCGUCAUUACUAUAGCCUUAUUGUGCUGGUAUUCUCGCCGUCACUACGGUCUCGGAAAGGACGAUGGAUCAUCUGCAAUCCUUUUUGGUUGGCGCUUCACCCCAACUCUACUAGCUGUCCUGUACACGCAGAUCACCGUCAUCCUCUUCGAAGACGUCAAACGAACCGAACCUUUCGCACGCUUAGCGAAGCCUCCUGCUGGAGGGGCCAGCGCGUAUGGCACGCUCCUCCAGACUCCUAAGGCAUGGUGGGCCAUUUUGAUCGACAUGACGUUCAAGCGGAAAGAGGUCGGCAAGACCGGCUGGAGCCUCAUCUGCAGCGCUCUUGUCAACGUCUUGGCUCUCCUGGCUAUCUCCCCUUUAUCUUCAGCUCUCCUUGCUUCGGAAGAGGUGGUUAUUCCCAAAACUCUCCAGUUUUCUAGAAUCUCCCCAAAGGAUAAUGCUCAAUUUCCGAUGAAUGCAACCAGAGAAACCUACUUUCGAACCAUGGCCGCUCUUACGCGCAAUAUCUCAACAUCUGCUUGGGCAUCGGACACCUCCUUGACUCUCCCAUUUUGGCCUAGGUCUGAGGAGCCGCAGUUGGGCCCAGACAUAUCGUCCACAUAUGGAGCCUGGAAGGCUGGGACUUCGACCUUCCACUCUGGGUUUGAAUGCAAGAACAUGACUCUUGAAAGAGCAGAGAUCGAGAACCGACCAUACGCCGUACGCGACUGGCACGAAUUUCUCUAUAAUGGAACCCAGCCCAUGGUAAGAUUCGUCUUGACUUCUGAAGAUGGGUGCCGGUACGAUCUGUCCCUACAUCCUUCCGUGGAGCUGGCAUAUAACGGGGGCGUCAGAUGGUCGGACGGUUCGAAUUUUAUUUCCGUCGAUACCAGCCUACUGCAGAUUGACCGAAUCCAAGCCCGUCCGGAGGUUUCGUCGACGAGUCCAUUUGCGCGCUUAAAUACUUCUCGGGAAUGCAACAAUCGCGACAUUAUCCUGAUCAGUACUCCAUGGACAGCGCCAUUCAAUACGUCUUUCGGCGAGACUUUGUUCGCCAAUCAUACGUAUAAGCGCUCACCCGAUUUUCGAAUGCGCGGAUUUCUUUGCGACUCUAUUUACACGAUGUCAAAUCAGACCAUUGAAGCCUCUACGCAGUUGGGAAAGCAAACCACUCUUCAGAAUGCACCUGGUAUUACUCAGACUAUGGAGAAGCUCGCAAGGACUCUCGUGGACAUAGCUGGAUUUCAGAACCUAAGUUUGCAGGACACUUGGGGCAAGUUCUUCGAUUCACCAAGCACCGCCCACGAUGCCGAUCCAGGGUUAGGAGAAAAACAAGGUCCGGGUUCCGGGUCAACAUUGACCCGGCAAGUGCCUGGGUUCUCAGGGCUGGGCCUUGUUCUUGCAUCGCUUUCGAAGUUCAAUAUGACGACCAUACUCGAUGAUCCUGACCUUCUCGAGCGCGCGGGAAGGGUCAAGAGUCGCUUCUUCGUUGAGACGCUCCGGGAAUCUCUCACCUCAUCGGAUAUAGUGCAAACCAGUGCUGUCCAGGGAGAGGUGACGAUCGUCGAAGAGAGAGUUAUCGUCUUGACCGAAAUAGCAGUGGCACUUGCUGUACUCUUCGGAGUAUCUCUCACCCAGUUCCUCGCGAUAUUCUGGUUCUCUCGUCUAGGAAGAAGGCCACUCAAUCUACAAUCCGACCCCGCUAGCACGGUAGGAAUGAGCACCUUGCUUAACCCUCAAUUGUCGGGUAUAUCGACACUCAAAGGCAUGCAUGCGGCGUCUAAGCAUGACCUUUAUGGCCUCCUGCGAAACAAGACAUUCCACACUUCUCAUGGUGUUUUGUAUGGAGUUGAUGCAAAUGCUUCCAUGCAUUCUGGCGCUAGAACUAAGCACAAGCCGUCACGAGACUGGAGACCCAUGGCAAUCAACUUGUGGACGCUACUUGCUUUGGCGUGUCUCCUGGCGCUUAUUCUCACUGCCGUUCUAAUUCUCAACGCAUUCUCGAUGCGAUCGAAGCUGUACCAACGAGCCUUCAUAUAUGAAGCCGAUGUUUCAAAGUUCGGUCUGAGCUUUUCCUCCUUUGCGCCCAUCUCUAUAGCACCUACCGUCAUCAGUAUCAUCGUCGGAUUGUGGUGGGAUCAGCUGGACAUGGCAUUCCGUAUCCUCCAGCCGUAUAUCGCAAUGUCCCGAGCUCCAACGCCAGUGCGUUCAGGAGCAGGUCUAACGUAUCGAUCCAAAUCUUGGUUUGGCGCAGCCUUGAAAGCAGCGAAACAUCGACACUGGCUCUUAUUCGCGCUCGCUAUCGGUAGUACCCUCUGCCAGGUCCUCACGGUGUCGAUGUCGGCACUCUUCGAAAGACAACCCUAUGACGUCGUGCAAGAGAUUCCGAUUCAAAGAAGUCUAGACGUUCGCCAAGUUCCUAUCAUUACGGAAAUUGAGACGUCUUUCGAAACCCGUCCGAAGGACCAUACUUUCAGAGUUCUCAAUCCUUUAUACCAAGAUCAGUCAAGUAACUGGUUAUACAGCGCUGCUGUGGCACUGUCACUGAACGGGUCGCAGCUCGCUUGGACCCAUGAUGAAUGGAAUUUCGUUCCACUUGACCUUUCGGAUCUGCCUGGCCCGGACUCUAUCCAAUCCGUAGCGGGCAUUAACAGUCAGAAUAUUCCGGCCGUUUCGACGAACGUCACGGUUCGGACACCCGCGAUCCGAGCCUUGCUUGAAUGUAAUCCUGUCGAUCAGAUCGCCAAUACGUCGACCUGGCUAGCCGAAGUACCUCUUGAUGAGCUACCAGAGAACGCUAACGUGACUGGCCUGAAGGAUGGGUACGCAUUCAGCCGCAUGAUGUUCGUGGGGACUCCAGCCUCUACCACGGUCUACGCGAACGAGAACCUCAUCCAAUGUUGUGCGAACGGCACCAAUGAGAAUCCUCAAAGAUCGGUGAUUGGCUAUUGGUCACCCUUUCAACCAGUAGAUUACGAUAUCACAUCUUCUCCUGCCGGGACACGCUUUCCGUACCCUGAUAGACCUUGGCCGUUGUCGUUCGUAACGAAGUGGAUAACUGGCGAACCAAGAAGUUUCUACGACCGCUUUCAGGGCACGUAUAUACUGUACUACGAAAAACCACCCUCCAUACAAGCUGCUCACUGUAUGCCAGUGAUUGACAUCGCAGAAGCGGUCGUGACCGUGGAUAAAGAUACGGGAACGGUGCACUCCUAUGAGCUUACGGCAGAACCGAAUGCGACAGCUUCAGCCUGGUCUGAAGUCUUCGUACGACAUGACAUCUCCGGUUCGCAAAGUCAUUACAACCAAAACUACACCGGCGAAUUGAACAUCACGACCUCUUUCGGCGUGCUUUUCCUCGAUGCAAUCUUUGGAGCUUCUGAUCGGCGUUCGGAAUCUUCGUCGCAGGCUCAGUUGGAACGCGUCGAGGACAACGCUUUUAACCUCCGCGAUCAAGAGCAUGGAAUGAACAUGGACCUGAUGACAUACUCUAUGUAUGCUCUGGCGAACAAGGACCCUGAAGCACUGCUCAACUAUAAGGUCAUCGCCGAACAUGCAAAUCGGACAUUCCAAACGUUCUUCCAACAUUUCGUCGGCAACAAGUUGUCCUUGAGCAACGGUGGCUGGGCAUAUCAGAGGAUAGAUGACAAGAGUAUGGACGCGCUCGGACGGCCAGUGAAUGAAAACGGCACCGCCAUAACUCAGCGCAGCUAUCCAACCCUCGACACCAACCAAACCGCUACAGCCUCCGUGUCCAACCGCAUUCAGGUCUUGCACCUCAAUUCCGUAGCGACCUACCUCUCAGCCGCUAUCCUCAUCUGGCUGAUAGCGACAACGGCGGUUCUCGCGUGCUUGCAACGGAGGUAUACGAGCUCGAUGCUUCGCAACGUGGAGGUAAUAGCGGAUGUCUUGGUACUUGUUGCUGGAAGCGAUAAUUUCCUCAGACUGGUGCAGGAGAGGGGUGUCGCCCUGAAGAAAGACGGAGACAUGAAGACGAUGCUUGGAUGGUUCAAGGGAAGUGACGGCGAAGUGAGAUGGGGUGUCGAGGUGGUUGGGGGUAGGAACGCUGUGGAGUGGGUUGAUGUCCCGAAGCACCAAGGGCCGGGAAUAGAAAUGGCUCCUCUAUGAGCCCGAAAUGAGGAUUGUAGGACAGGCUUAC